AUGUCAUCCAUUAGCAAGCAACUGUCUUCUAUUGGCUGCGCAGGCAGGAAGAUGUCUUUCUCCUCCACUGAGAUCAGAAUGGUUUUGCUGGGGAAGACUGGCAGCGGAAAAAGCUCCACCGGCAACUCCAUCUUGGGCCGUAAGGUCUUUGACUCAAAGGUUAGCAGCUCCUCUGUCACCCAGCGUUGUCGCAGGGUCGCUGGAGAAUUCCGUGGGCGACAUCUGACACUCCUGGACACUCCGGGACUUCUGGACAGUCAUCAGACACCACAGGAGGUGCAGAAGGAGUUGAGGAGGAGUGUUAGCCUCCUGUACCCCGGGCCACAUGUGUUCCUCCUUGUUAUUCAGAUUGGGAGGUGCACUCGGGAGGAGAAGGAGGCGGUGCGGCAGAUCAAACAAGCAAUGGGUUCCCAUGCUUUGAGUUUCUCUGUGGUGGUUUUUACCCAUGGAGACCUUCUUGAAGAAGGGACAUCCGUGAAAGAUUGUCUGAUAGAUGAGUGCAAGGAUCUGGUCGAGCUGGUGGCCGGAUGUGGGGGCAGGUACUGUGUCUUCAACAACCAGAGCUCCAAGAACAAGAACCAGGUGUCCGAGCUGCUUGCCUUAGUGGAAAGCAUGAUGCAGGAAAAUGGAGCAGCGUUCUAUGGCAGCAAGAUGCUCGAGAAAGCAGAGGAGGAUCUGGCUCAGGAGCUGCAAGAGGAAUGGAGGCUGCUGAAUGAGAAGGAGCAGCUGUUAAAAAAGAAGCAGGAGGCAGCCAUAGAAGAGUUGUAUGAAAAAAAGCUACAGAUGGUUCAGGAAAAAAGCCAGAUGGAUAUCGAGGAGCUGAAGAAAAAACAGGUGCUGGAGAAGAAGAAGGAGGAGAAGCUGGCAAGAGAACGCGAGGAGGCCUUUAGACGAUGUAUGGAGGAGAAUGAUAAGAAGGAGAAGGAGAGGCAGAUACAAGAGAUGGUAAGAGUGAUGUAUAUACGUCAAGAGGAGGAGGAGAAGAGAGAAGCUCUUCAAGAAAAGCUUGACCAGGUUAUUAAAAUGCUGGAGGAGCAGGAGGAGCAGGAGGAGAAACUGAGAAGAGCAAUGGAGCAGAAGAUCCAAAAGGAUAGAGUGGAAAAUGAAAAGAAGGAGAGAGAGAGGGAACUUCAGCAAAUACAGAAAGAGCAGGCCAUCAGGCAGAGGGAGGAAAUGAAGAGAGACGCUUUGCAGAAAGAGCUGGAUAAACUCAGCCAGAGCUUGGAGGAGCAGAGCAGGAAGGAGGAGGACAGGAAAAAGCAAAUAGAGAACCUGCUCAGACGCAAGACGGAGGAGGACCAGAGAGAAAGGGACAUUCAGAUGGAGAAUCAGAGAGCGGAGAAAAGGAGAAUCCUGGCCCUCCAGCAGGAGCUAAAACUAAUCAGAAUUAAAGUUGAUAAACAAAAAGCAAGUGAAGAAAACCUCAAGAGACAGCUGGAGGACAGCCUGCAGAGGGAGAGAGAAACGUGUGACAAAGAAAUGUCUGCCUUAAAAAGGCAGUGCGAUGAGAAGUGUUCAGAGCCUUGCAACGAGACAAUCAAGAAGACGUCUGCAGAAAAACACAGCACAGUGGAGACUGUGUCCGGAUAUGUGCAAGAAAUGGGACUGGUGGGGCUGAACGUAGCUUUAGAGAGUGUUGCAGCUCCCUGCUGUAUACAGUAA